AUGCCGGCCGAGACGCUCUCCGCGCUCCCGGACUCGCUCCUGCUCCGGAUUUUGGAGCUGCUGCCGCCGCGGGACCGGCUGGGCGGGGCCAGGGUCUGCAGACGCUGGCGUCGCCUGGUGCAGGACAAGUUGCUUUGGAGGCACACGGACCUGACCUCUUACAAGAUGACCUCCAAGCUCCUGUGGCACCUGUUGCGGAAUCAUCUCCGAGGCAACCUGCGAACAUUGAGGGCGCGGGGAUCCCUCCACUCCGUCCGGAAGCAAGAGGUAUUUUCCCCAGCACUGAUGCAGGCCUUGGGCAAGCAGUGCCCCAACUUCCACCACCUGUGCCUGACUGAGACCGACCUCCGCUCACUCCCCUACGACUGUAUGCCCCCCUCUCUCACAACUCUGGAGCUGAGCCGCUGUGAGAUCCCUUCGGCGUGGUUCCAAGCGCCUGACUCUUCUCAGCCCCCGCAGGCCUUCCCACGGAUCCAGCGCCUUAUCAUACGAAACGUCCCUGCCUUCUCCAACCAGCACUUGGCAAAUAUUGCAAGCCAGGGCACACUGAAGACUCUGAUUCUAUCCGAUACCUACCGGGUCACAGAUGGGGGGAUCCAGACUGCAGCGCCACUUCUGGGAGACCUGGAGUCUCUUUCCCUGCGCCAGUGCAACAUUGGUGAUUCAGCGACUCAUUUCAUUGGGCGCCACAUGAAGCGCCUGCGCCACUUGGACCUCAGCGGCAGUUCUUCUCUGACGGACACGGGCCUUCCUUGCUUAAGUAGCUUAGCAAAUCUGGAGGAGCUCCAUCUCCAAGCCUGCUGUGGACUUUCCCCGGAAGCCGUCACCGCCACUUGCCAGGCACUGCCUCGGCUAAAGCGUCUUGAUUUAAGCAGGACAGGGUUCAAUGACCGGACGACCCACCAGAUCCAAGCAGGUUUGCCAAACUGUGUUGUGAUGUGCACCACCUCCAGCAGAGAUGCCAAAGUAGAAUCUUAGCAAAUGGAGAGUUCGGGCGAUGCUUGUUGCUGAGGAGGUCAAACAGCAGGCGGCUUUCUGCCUUUCAUUGGGGAACUGUUGAGGUUUUGAUUUACUGAAAUGUGUAUUUUUGAGAUUUGUGAUUUUACUGUUUUAUUUUUUGUAUUUUUACCUAUUGUUGUAACCCAUCUUGAGCCCGCUUGC